AUGUCUUCUUUGGCAGACAACAAACAGACCAUUCGCGAACGAAAAAUUUCUCCCUCUGCUUUGUCUCCAGUACAAAAAUAUACUCUCUUGAGGACAAGAUCUCAGAAAAUCAUUCAGGCUAUUUCACGGAAACAUCGGACACGCAUGCAAGAGAAGCUCGCGCUGAUGCUGCGGGAGGAAGUAAGCAAUGGAGCAGGUUUCACCGCCCUUACUACUGUAGGAUACACAUCCUGUACACGCGGUCUUAAACGUAUUCCCGAGGACAACGAAGACAGCGAGGACGAUGACGACACUACAAGCCGAGCUCCCCCGUUCCUCUCCUUACCUGGUGAGAUUCGCAACGAGAUCUACGACUAUUUCCUGCCGAGCUUAGUCAGGCUAGAAGAAGCCAAUGCAUUGAUGUUGACCUGCAAGCAAGUCCAUCAAGAGUUCACAUCCAUGACUGUCGCCAAAACCAAACCAAUCGUGGAAGAAGUAGUCAAAGAACGUGUAUUCAGUCUCAAAUCCAACAGCCCAUUGCCCCAAUCAUCUACUACAACGGAAGAAAGCCUGUCAAUCGCAACCCAUAAGCAACUUCACAACGUCAACCUCUCAAUCGGACUCAUCGAUACCCUCUCCGCAGAAGCCGCAAAUCACAAUCCGGCAGCCCACAAGUUCGACGACUGCAUCGAUUCUUUAAAAGAAUUACUCAGCUUACAUCUCCCCUUUAUCACCAUCUCCGUUGAUCUCUACGCCGACCUCGGUAUCUCCGAUAUCGAACUCCGAGCCCGUAACCUACGCGCUUUCAUCGUUGCCUUUGAGCGUGUGGAGAAUGACCCCGAGAGUACCAUCAACGCACAACAUGUUAUAUUCGAGCUUGCAAGGAGUACUUGGGAAGGUGCUGACAUCCCAUACCCGCCCGCUGUGGCUUUCGUGCGGCGAGAGGAGAAGGUGGAUGGCGAGUCUGGGUUUGAAGCUUUGUGGCACGAUCCGCUGCUGGAGAGGAGGCGGAUGGGGCUUUUGUAUAGUGAGAGUGAUCAUCAGGAAUGGAUUGCGGAGGCGAAGAUGAUGGCGAGGCUUGAGGUUAUUAUGGCUCGGAGUCGGCGCCAUGUGAAUGGUGGGGUCUGA